AUGUUCGGUGUUUUCUCACUCCUAGUCAUCCUGUCUACGUUCAUCCUCCUGCGCAAUGGCUUCAAGCAAAUGUCCCGCAUCUUUGUGGCGCUCAUAUGUGUGACUAUGUACGCCAUGGCGGCCACACACUUCGCUCUGACAGUGCGAACCGCUUUUCUCAACGCCUCCAUCUCAAUGUCGCAGCUAGACGUUGCCUCACAAUGUCUAUGGGAGCUGUCGGAAGGAAUGUAUUGCAGUGAGAGCAUCGACAGUAUGCUCACUGGUGCAGUGCAACAAGGCACUUGUAUCCCCACCUCUCUGCUAACUGUCAACAUUAUUCUCAGUGACUCCAUCGUCCUGUGGAGGGCCUGGGUUUUGUGGUCUAAGCGUCGCCUUUUCAUCGUCAUCUCAGCCAUCCUUGUCUUGACUACGCUUAUUAUUUCGUUGUUGAAUGUCCGCAGUGACUCAGUCUGUCCGCCGGGUGGCGAGGUGGGCUGGGCUUUUUAUGAUUUCGAUAGUAUAUAUGGCCUUUCUGCUGUUAUUCUGUCACUUUUGACAAAUAUUUGGGCAACAUCUCUAAUCGCGUACAAGGCAUGGGAGCAUCGUCAAUCGGUGCGGAGGAUGUUCAGAGGCGGGAGUAUAGGCGUUCGCAGCGCCAAGAUACUCAUGCUCUUUGUCGAUUCUGGAUUGCUAUACUGUGGGCUGUGGGCGUUAUUGACCAUCACCGUUGCUACCGACCAAUAUUACAAAGGAAGAUCCUCGACAAUGUCACUAUUUAUAAAUGACACAGGAUACAUCUUCAUAACAGUACUCGUUGACAUAGUCGGAAUGUACCCAACGGCCCUCGUUCUACUCGUUUCCCUGACAGAUUACACGGUGGAAAAUACGAUGAGGAUCGUGGAUACGGCUGAUAUGCCCGUACGGCCUCUGAAGCUCAAUAGACCCCGCAACACGAUACGAUCCGAAGACGUGCUGGCCUCAAGACCAACAGUGAUAUUUGAGAACGGCGAUCCGUAUAUCCAGAGUGUCAUAGCCAUUCUCGGCGAUGAGACUCGGAGCCCGGAAGAGGAAACUAAAUCUGGAGCUCUCGGGAACGCAGAGGAUGUCCCAGCCGUGUAGCGCAGUCUCGACAUAUCCGCCAAUGCCCUCAGUCAAGUUCUCGCUGCUCCUAGUAUGACGAUUGCCUUCGUCUAUAGUCCUUAUUUAAGCUGUCCAUAUGAUACAGUACAUGUCAGGAGAUGUACUGUAGAUAGGUCUAUGUAACGGACAAAUAAAUAUUCCUCAAUGCCCUCUCAGCCAAAUUUUCGCUGCUCCUAGUACGACGAUUGCCUUCGUCUAUAGUCCUUAUUUAAGC